CUGUAAACGGCUCAACUUCGAACGCAAACAGCCCACCCUGUGGUAAAACUGAAGUGUCGUAAAGUAGGGUUUAAAAAAAAUCCAAACCAGCAUCUUUGCAAACGUCGCCGCUUGAGAUUUGAUCAAGGCUAUGGCAGCUUCUUCCUCGUCGUCCUCUGCCGGAGGUGGCAGCGGCAGCUCAGUGACCGGUUCUGGAUUUAGUGCCUCAGAGCUUAUGCCACCUAGAAAAGUGCUCUACACAUACCCGAAAGGUGCCGGAGAAAUGAUGGAAGAUGGCUCUGACAGAUUUUUAUGUGAGUCUGUAUUCAGCUACCAAGUUGCCUCAACACUAAAGCAGGUGAAACAUGAUCAACAAGUGUCACGGAUGGAGAAACUGGCCAGUCUUGUGGAGGAGCUGGAAGCUGACGAGUGGCGAUACAAACCAAUUGAACAGCUGCUGGGAUUUACAACAUCUUAAAUAAGAACAAGAUGCCUUCUAUCUUGAAUCCCUACGCUGAUAUGGAAGGUUUAAGAUCGUCUUUGUUUGUGAACGUGGUCACCCCAAGUUUUUAUUUAAUCUUGUGAUGUUGUUUGCUAUUUCUUUAGUUUUUAUUCAUACUAAGAAGUUGUGUAAUGGAUUUUUGCGCUGUUGAGGAAAACAAGUUCUGCUAAUGUUGUUUUCGCAUUACAGCUUUGCAUUUUCAACUGCACUUUAUGCCAUGAAUUUGAAACCUCUCUUCCUCUGCGUCACAUACUUACUGUUCUCAACGGAAGAACAAAGAAAGAUUGUAAAUAAAGUCACCCAUGGGACAUUCCUUGGA